AUGACGACUGUUAUUGAGACGCAGGUGCAGUAUGACAACACCUACAUGAUGUCUACUACGGAAGGCUACAUGACUCAGGAGGAUGACUGGGACAGGGACCUUCUGCUGGACCCUGCCUGGGAGAAACAGCAGAGGAAGUCUGCAGAGAUUGUUGAUGGCAAUUUGAAAAUGACUCUGGGAAUGAUCUGGACCAUCAUUCUCCGUUUCGCUAUCCAGGACAUUUCUGUGGAGGAGACGUCUGCUAAAGAGGGUCUGCUGCUGUGGUGUCAGAGGAAGACAGCCCCCUACAGGAACGUCAACGUACAGAACUUCCACAUCAGCUGGAAGGACGGCCUCGCUCUGUGCGCCCUCAUCCACAGACACAGACCAGACCUCAUCGACUACUCUAAACUCAGAAAGGACGACCCUAUUGGAAACCUGAACACUGCGUUUGAGGUGGCAGAGAAGUACCUGGACAUCCCGAAGAUGCUGGACGCUGAAGACAUCGUCAACACCCCUAAACCUGAUGAGAAAGCCAUCAUGACCUACGUGUCCUGCUUUUACCAUGCUUUCGCCGGUGCCGAGCAGUGUAAGAUGUGUAAACUGGGAUCGGUUUGUGUAAAUGACUGA